GGCCAAUGCCUCUGCGGUAAAGUCCAAGUCACCGUAUCAGAAAAACCCCUAACCUCCUUCCCAACCCUCUGCUGCCACUGCACAAACUGCAAACGCCGCUCCGGCGGCAUAGCCUCCUAUGCCUUCACAGUCCCCAAACAACACGUCUCCAUCACCGGCUCCACCCAUAAAUCGUACCAAGAUCCUGAUACCGGGUCUGGAAAACCGAUGACCAGGACCAUGUGCACGGAAUGUGGAAGCCCGGUGUGUAUUAUCGAGGCCGCUAGUCCGGAGGAUAGGUGUUUGCAGUAUGGGUUGUUUGCUGGUGAGGUGGAGUUGCCGAGACCCGGGGUGGAGUUUUUUGUUAGGGAUAAGGUUGGGUGGGUGAAC